AUGGAGUUGUUAAUGAGUAUAAUGCUGAUGGCUGUAGAGCGAACUCUAACGCUAUUUUUCCCGCAUCGGCCAGUGUUCAGUCGAUGGCACACGUUAACAUUUGUUGCUGUUUUAUGGAUAAUAAGUAUAUGCUUUGCAGUGCCUAUCCUUACUGAUUCGAUCCCUGUAAAGCCUUUCAAAUAUCGAUACAUCUGUGAUAUUGACAGCGGAGUGCCGAUAUUAUAUCCAAUAACGCGCAUUUUGGUUUAUGGUGGCUGCUUGUUUAUUUCAUUUAUCUGUUUUGGUGCGCUCUUGUCGCGCGGCAAUCAGCGCAAGGCGCGAUCUUUACCAAUGAAACCGCAUGAAAACUCGGAGUUUAUCAAGCAGUCCCGUGCACUGCAUGAGUUCCUCAGCCUUGUCAAGCUA